AUGUCAAAGUUAGUAAUAUGUUCAUGGAAUGUUAGGGGUCUGGGGAAAAAUGAAAAAAAGAGGGCUGUUCAGAAUUUAGUCACUAGCUUAAAUCCUACUUUCCUUUGGUUGCAAGAAACUAAGACUGAAAAAUUUAAGAGGUCUUUCUUUAGGAGAAGUGGGAUUAAUAAGCUUAAAGGAGUUUUGGAAUCUCCUUCAGUUGGAUCAGCGGGGGGCUUGUUGUGUUGUUGGGAUGACAAUAUCUUUGAGUUGGAGAGUCAGUUUAUUAGUAGGAGAUUUAUAGCUACCUUUGGUAAAUUCCGGAAUAAAAACUUCAGUUGUGGUUUCAUUAAUGUAUACGGUCCAGCAGUGGAGGAAGAGAAAGCUGGUUUUUUUGAAGAAUUAAGCAGUUUUCUUAGUGGACAGAAUUUUCCCGUUUGUGUGGGAGGGGACUUCAAUGUUUAUUUACAAGAAAAUGAGAAGAUGGGCAGAGGCCAAAGUAGGAGCUCAAUGGAGAUCUUUAAUGACUUCAUUCUUCAUACGGGCUUAAUUGAUCUUCCUAUGAAUGGGGGAAGGUUCACUUGGUGUAAUAACCAAGAGAAUCCCACGUUUGUAAGAUUAGAUCGUUUUUUGGUUGACAGUCAAUUUCUAGCGUUAUUUCCGGACAUUUUACAGUAUCUUCUACCAAGAUCAUUGUCAGAUCACAAUGCCAUAAUUCUUGUGAAUAAAGGAGUGGACUGGGGUCAAAAACCGUUUAGAAUGUUCAACUAUUUGAUGGAUGAGGAGGGUUUUGAGGAUAUGGUUAUUUCUUCUAUUCAGAGUUCUAAGAAAAGUCAGAAGAAGGCAGGUGCUUUUAGUCUUUUAAGGAGUGCCAAACAUGCAAUUAAAAAGUGGUCUGGAAACAGAGAUAAGUAUCCAGGAGACUUGAUUUCUGAGUUAGAUAAGAAAAUUUCGAAGAUAGAGGCUGAUAUUCAACAAAAGCAGGGUGCUGUCGAUAGUGAGUAUUCGAGAUCUAAAUGGAUUGAAGACGGGGACCGCAACACUAAAUACUUCCAUACCUGUGCUACGGUUAGGAAGAAGAGGAAUGCACUGGUGGCACUUAAUUUUAGAGGAGAAAUAGUUGAAGACCCAAUUGCUAUUAAGGACAUUGUGAAGGAUUAUUUUUUUAAGAUCUACAAUAACCGAUCUACUCUAGAAAUUGAUGAAUUAAAUCUGGAUUUUUCCAGAAUUUCUUUGGAGCAGAAUCAGUUCUUAGAGCAGGAAUUUUCAGAGGAGGAAGUUUGGGAUGUUGUGAAGUCUUAUGGAAGUAACAAAGCUCCGGGUCCGAUGGCUUUAAUAUGGGUUUUUCAAGAGGUUUUGGCAGGUCCUUAA